CAUUCGACAUGUCUAUCUCCCUUCCUCAGAAAUCACUGCCGGAAAAUUCACCUGAAAACAUCUUCUUCCACCCAUCAAUCUAUUGUCGGAGAAGCAUCUCUUUGAUCAAAUUCCGAGGCACCCCACCCCUAUUGCCCACUUGACAAUCUCUCUUCACAACUACCCAAUUAUAUCAGAAACCCAUUUCAGGAUUCAGGCGAAUUUCGACAAUGGGGUUUGCCAUCGACAAUGGAUCAUCUUCCAACAGUCAAUCACAUUACCACACUCACAAGGUCUUCCUUCUCUGCAACUACAUCCUCCUGGGAGCAGCUUCAAGUUGUAUCUUCCUUACCCUCUCCCUCCGGCUCAUUCCAUCUCUAUGUGGGUUCUUCUUCAUUCUUCUCCACAUCUUCACAAUAGCAGGGGCGGUCUCUGGCUGCACUGCGGCCUCAUCGAGGACCAACCAAUGGUAUGCAGUCCACAUGGUGGCGACAGUCCUUACAGCCAUAUUUCAAGGCGCGGUGUCAGUGCUCAUCUUUUCCAGAAGCGGUGACUUCUUGGGGGAACUGAAGUCUUACGUUAGGGAAGAAGAUGCAGUGGUGAUCUUGAGACUGGCAGGUGGGCUCUGCGUGUUGAUGUUUUGCUUGGAAUGGGUGGUGUUAGCUCUGGCAUUUGCGUUGAGGUACUAUGCUUACGUUGAAGGAGAUGGUGAAAGAAGUGCUUCGAUGCAGAGGAGCGCCAAGAUCCAUGAUGAGGGCAUGAAUGACUGGCCAUGGCCCUUCCAAGUUUAAGACGAACACUCGUAGAUGUGUUUCUUCGGCACGAUCGCAUGCCGGGCUACGUUAUUAUUGUUUCUUUUUCCUGAGUUUGAUUGGUGUAGAAACAGUCGAUAUUAUAUUUGUUCAAUUUUAUUCAUUUCUUUCUGUUUUUAUUAAUUGUAAUUGAUUACAUAAUGGGAUUUGAUUUAGUCCUGAAAGUAAUUCUUUUUAGUUUAUUAUGGGAGAAUUCUAGAGGGGUUAACCACUCAGAAAUCUACAGAACGUUCUUCUA